UUCAUAUCUAGCAAUCAGCUAAAACACUUUAUCCCUCAGCAGAAAAUCAUGCCAAGGAAUUAAAUCCUGCUCGGAUCCUCUUGUUUCCAUGUCACCUUGAAGCCUUUUUACAUCUUGCUGUGUCUCUUGAGGGUUUAGAAACGUCUUAAGAGUAUCAUCACAUGCUGUAUAAAUAACUAAUAUAUAAGCUGGAGUUUCUUAAGCCUCUGCGGAACAAAAGCUUGGAAACACAUCAAAAUUGACUGCAGUCUGCUUUCUUUUUUCUUUCCCAUCUUACCUCUCUAAAGGCCACAGUGUCACUCGGAUGGGGCAGCUGUAAGCAUCCUUAAAGGAAACUUCAUUUACUGGUAUUUUCAGCUGCUGGCUGAUUGUGCUGGAGGCGGUUGACUGAAAUAGCAGCGUGCUGCCUCCAAAAGCAGGCAAAACGUCUACAGAAGACACAGAAAUAAACAGCGAGGAUGUCCGUGAUCAGUGUCCUGCCAUUCCUCAAACCAAUUCACUUCAGAGCUCCGCGGAACUCUCCUGGGCGCCAGCGUCGACAUACGCUUCCUGCCAGUGAGUUUCGAUGCCUCACACCUGAAGAUGCUGUUAGCGUGUUUGAAAUAGAAAGAGAAGCAUUUAUUUCCGUAUCCGGAGACUGCCCCCUCCACCUAAAUGAGAUUCGUCACUUUCUGAACCUAUGUCCGGAGCUCUCACUUGGUUGGUUUGAAGAAGGGCGACUAGUGGCUUUCAUUAUUGGUUCUCUCUGGGAUCAGGAAAGACUCAGCCAGGAUGCUUUAACUCUACAUGAGCCCCACGGCUCCACAGUCCACAUCCACGUUUUGGCAGUGCAUCGCACUUUCCGCCAACAAGGCAAAGGCUCCAUCUUGAUGUGGCGCUACCUACAGUACUUGUCCUGCCUGCCGUAUGUCCGCCGAGCUACACUGAUGUGCGAAGACUUCCUCAUCCCUUUCUAUGCUAAAUGCGGUUUCAAAGUGCUAGGCCCUUGUGUGGUCACCGUAGGCUCGCUGAACUUUAUUGAAAUGCAAUAUGCCAUUCAUGGCCAGGCAUUAAUGCGCAGGAAUAGUGGCUGCUGAGCUCAUGCCUCAUUUUUCCCCCUACUUUCCAGCUUGUGUUGCUAG